CGCAGGCGGGCGCGGGCGCGCAUGCCACUCGGAACCGGGAUCGCCAGCGCUUGGACGGCGGGUGCCGAGGAGGACCUGGCUCAACUCCUUGUCCUGCCCAGCGGCGGCGGCCCCCAUGGCGACAAGAGGACUUUAAAGGAGUUCGGGGGCUUUGUCAGGAUCUGGGCGAUUCCGGAUCCGGCGAUUCUUGCUCUCGCCUCGCCCUGUCAUUGAUGGGAAAUCAACUGGAUCGCAUCACUCACCUGAAUUACAGCGAGCUGCCGACCGGGGACCCCUCGGGGAUCGAGAAGGACGAGCUGCGCGUCGGGGUGGCAUACUUUUUCUCGGAUGAGGAGGAGGACCUGGACGAGCGCGGAGGGCAGCCGGACAAGUACAGCGUGAAGGGCUCCAGCAGCCCUGGCCAAGAGACCCCCACUCACCACCACCACACGCCGCAGCUGGUGCUGAGCGAGACCCAGUUCUCCGCCUUCUGCGGCCAGGAAUGCAUCUUCUCCAAAGUGAACGGAGACCCCCACGCUGGGGAUCUGAGCGUCUACCCGGUGGCGGCCCUGCCGGCCUUGUGCAAGCCGGGAGACCUGCUGGAGCUGCUGUACCUGGGGCCGUCCGACCACCCUCCGCCGCCCCCUCACUGGGCGGUUUAUGUGGGCAGCGGCCAGAUCAUCCACUUGCACCAGGGCCAAAUUCGCCAGGACAACUUGUACGAGGCGGCCGCCGGCAACGUGGGCCGGGUGGUGAGUAGCUGGUACCGCUACCGCCCCCUGGUGGCUGAGCUGGUGGUGCAGAACGCCUGCGGCCACCUGGGCUUAAAAAGCCACGAGAUCUGCUGGACGAACUCGGAGAGCUUCGCCGCUUGGUGCCGCUUCGGCAAACGGGAGUUCAAAGCCGGCGGCGAGCUCCAGCCGGCCUCGGGCUCUCAGCCCCAGCAGCAAUACUAUCUCAAGAUCCACCUGGCAGACAGCAAGGUGCACACGGUGCGGUUUCAAAGCCUGGAGGACCUAAUCAGGGAGAAGCGCAGGAUCGACGCCAGCGGCAAACUGAGGGUGAUCAAAGAGCUGGCGAUCGUCGAUGGCAAAGAAUAAAAAGAGGAGCCCGCCGCCCUGAGGGGGAGGAAGGAGAGCGAGAGCAGCCCUGGUCCGGCCGGCGUGCACAAUCCGCCCUCCGGCCUGGCUCGCUCCCCCGCCACGUGGCUGGCCGCCCUCUUCGGUUCCUUGCCUCCCCCCCCCCCUUUUCCUUUUUCGUUCUUUUCCUUCGAGGAAAAACCAUGGCAACAUCCCAAACGAAGCCAGCACCGCUCCUCUUCCUCUCAUUGGCCAGUGUUUGGUUCACCUUCGACUAACAAUAAUACUAGUAAUAAUGGUGGUGAUGAUCUCGACGACCGGAAGGGGGCGGGGUGAAGGGGGAAGGAGCGAUGCAGUUAGCAAAGUAUGUGGACAAACUCACCUCUGGCUAUCGAUGUUGACCAAACCUCCCAGCCUGCUUAAUAAAAUUUCAAAUUGAUUUUUUCCUC